CUGAGCGAGAAGAAGCGCUGCGCGUCACGGAGCUCCUGAGUCCGACCGUUGUCUCAGAAUAAUGACAUUUCUGCGCACUUGACGACAUGAACGACCUCAAGAUCGCGGUGUUGGGGAGCGAAGGGGUCGGUAAAUCAGCUCUGAUCGUGCGCUUCUUCACCAGAAGGUUCAUCGGCGAGUAUUCCUCUUCUUCAGAAUGUAUAUACAGGAAACGUCUGGCAGUGGAUGGGAGGCAGAUGAACCUGGAGCUCUAUGAGCCCUGUUCUCAGUCAGGCGACAGUAAAUUCUCACUGGCUGAGCUGAUCCACUGGGCCGACGGUUUCAUCGUGGUCUAUGACAUCAGCGACCGUUCGUCCUUCCACGCGGCCAAAGCCACCGUCUACCAGAUCAGAGAGCUUCACCUGAAGCCCACCAAAAGGGACGCAGAGUGUGUUAUUUUCUUGGUGGGCAACAAGGAGGACCUGUGUCACGCCAGAGAGGUGGCACCCGAGGAGGGUCAGUGUCUGGCCAACGAGUUCCACUGCCACUUCUACGAGCUGUCAGCGGCCGAGCAGUACCAGGAGGUGGCGCUCAUCUUCUCCAAGAUGGUGCAGAGAGCGAGUGUUAACGGAAAAGCUAAGGAGCGCAGGAGACGGCCCAGCGGGUCCAAGUCCAUGGCCAAGCUCAUCAACAACGUCUUUGGCAAGAGGAGGAAAUCAGUGUGAGGCGACAAACUUUGGGUUUUAGGUUUGGAUUUGUUUUUAAUGCCAGUCCGUGUUGAUGUCUGAACCACUUAUUGUAUUUUGUAGGCACUUGCGUAUGUCUCUAAUGUUGUGAAUCCCAAAUAAACUAAUGUUGCUCACCAGUGUGGAAGAGUUCAG